AUGGUUCCGUUGAUUGGUAAAGAAGCAACAGAAAAAUAUUUCCUACACGUGUUCGUUCUCCAGUGCUCGAAUCCCGGUUAUUUGAUACGGAGGAAAUGCGUGAAAAGUUUGGGAGAUUUUUGCGCUGUGGUCGGAAUGGAAACCACAGAAAAAUAUCUGGUGGAUCCUUUCGUCAAAUUGUGUCAGGAUGAUUAUUGGGAAGUGAGAGCUUGUUGUCCCGCCGUUGCCGUUCCCGUGUCUUGUACCUGUUCGUUGGAAAAAAGGAAAACCGUUUUGGCGGAUGCAUACGCGGAACUAUUGCUCGAAAUCGAACCUCACGUCCGAUGUUCCGCCUACGUAUUUUUAGGUGCCUUCAUAUGCACAUUCGCCGAUCCGAGCAUAACAAAAUUGGAUUACAAUGAAAAUGGGAAAUUGAUUUUCGUGAGUCAGGAAGGAUACGAAUUUCGGACAGCCGAAGUUUAUUACAAUUAUUCGAAAGGGAUUAAAUGGGAAAGGGAUAUGAGAGAUGGGAAACCUUAUUUCAAAGAAGCUCCAGAAGAUCAAACGUUAAAUGCAUCGAAAGCUUUAUUAUACUUUGUACAGAACGAAAAUGGGCCGCCGUUAAACGUGCAAGGCGCCAGCAAUAGUAAUAAUAAUAGUAAUAAUAACACGAAUCAAAGUUUUACGGAAACGACGGAUCAGUCGGUGUCUGGAAUUUCGUGGAAAUCGGAAGAAGAUGGCGGCGGCAAUUGGUGGACCAAGAGUCAAAUCCCUUCGGCGGACGAGGAUGAAGCAAACGAUUUAUACAACACAUUCCGAUUUUGGAGAGUGCCAUUGGAUGUUUUGGAUACGUACGAAUCAUCCGAACCCGAACAAGACGACAUAAGAACGGAUCUCAAUAAUUUAGACAACGAACUAUCUAGUUUGUCGGAAAAAUUGGCAGAAUGUUCGACGGAAAGUUUAGACGUGAAAACGGAAUCUCCGGUAUCGUGUUCAUCGAGUUCGGAUUCGGGUUGGAAUAGUGGAGAAACGACGACUCACGUCGAAUCCGUCACGUCAUCAUCAUCAUCAUCAGCAGCAGCAGAAGAAAAAAAAGACAGUCAAUCGCCUCAGCAGUCGGAGGAAAGCGAGGAAACUUCUCCAAAAGUCAAUCUUCCCGAUCAGAAUAUAGUUCCUCAAGUUUUGUUGGAUAGUUUCGUAUCGAUGACGUCACCUCUCCUCGGAGAUGUUUUCGAUAAGGAAAUGGCUCAAGAUUAUGCUUAUUGCCUUCCAGCUGUUGCCUUAACGUUGGGACCCAGCAAUUGGCCUUACAUAAAAAACGCGUACAAAUGUUUGUCGAUGAACAUACAGUGGAGAGUUCGGAAAACGGUCGUUUCAAGCAUACACAAAUUGGCGUCGUUGGUGGGCGAGGAAGUUGCAUCCAAGGAUUUGGCUCCCAUAUUCGAAAGUUUCAGCCGGGAUUUGGACGAAGUCAAAGUGGGAGCUCUCGAACAUUUGGCGGAUUUUUUAAAUCUCGUUCAACCGUCGACUCGAACCGCGUUUCUACCCCGUUUGAAAGAUUUUCUAGAAAUGGAAUUCGAUUACAAUUGGAGGUACCGGGAAGAAUUCGGGGAACAGUUGAGACUUUUGAUCAAAUUGUACGGUCCGUCGGAUUGGUUGGAAUAUUUCGAACCCCUCGCGACUCUCCUUCUAUGCGAUAAAGUGGCCACAGUUCGUCACAAAGCAGUCACGCUGUUUUUGGAAUUGAUUGUGAAUUUGUCGUCGAAUCCGGAGGAUCAGAGCAAAUUGUUUAACAUAUUGCUGAGGGAUUUCGCGAAGAGUUCGUCGUGGAGACGACGACAGAUAUUCGUUCAUCUUUGUUCGGAAAUAGCGAGAGAGAAAGCGUUGAGUGAUGAUGAUUUUUGUAGGAUAUUGCUCGAUUCCCUUUUGGUAUUGAGCAAGGAUGCCGUUCCCAACGUGGGUUUGUGCGUCGCCAAAUGUUUGUCCAGUGAUAUUUUAUGUUUUAUUAACUCGUCUAGUCCUUAUUUUUCAAUCAUUGUUGAAACUUUGGAAAAAUUAAAAUGUGAUGAAGAUCCAGAUGUUAGGUAUUACGCAUCCGAAUGGACAGGAGAGGGAAAAGAGAACACGUAG